AUGGAUCCCCUGGACUACUACGCAUUACUAAAGCUGGCUGAUGCUCCAGGCACUCUUUCUGGACCAAAAUGUCAGUAUGUCCAAACCCCAAUCAAUUCGUUCACAAAUACAUCGACGCCUUCCUGGGGAUGUCCGGCUGGCAACUUUUGUCUGUCACCAAAGCACUCUGCUCCAUGCCCACCUGGGUUCUACUGUCCGCCCAAUACAGCGCAACCCAUGUAUUGCUGCGCAGGAUACUAUUGCUCAGAAGAUACCAAGACUAUCACACUCUGUCCACAAAAUCAAUAUUGCCCUGCAGGAUCCGUGGGCAGGGGAACAUCGUGUCUUUGGUUAGCAUCAUGCCCUGCUGGCAGCUCUUCAGCUUCAAAGUUCGGCCUGAUUCUCUUCGUAAUCGUCUUCAUGGUCGUUAUUUGCAUUGUAUUUUACAUCCAUAAGCGCUUUGAAGCCGUCAGGACACACCAUCUCGAGAAGCGCCUCCAAUGGAUCCAUAACCACAAUGGAAACUAUGACAGCCUUCUAGCAGCCGAUGACGAUGAGCAGAAGCAAAAGCAGGGCCUGGAGGAUACUAAAGAAGGAAGUGGACGCCUUUCCAGGCUUUCUAGGGACACGAGUAAUCCAGAUGUACACGUUACAAGCCCUGAUGACACAUCAACGUCAGAGCUUACAAGUAUGGAAUUGACUAUUCAGGUUACUGAGGACGAAAAGGAAGGCACUGCAGCAGGUACAGCAGGCGCAAUGCCGACACCUGCUAAAAGAAGGAAAAGAGCAGUCAGUAAAGUCACCCGCACGUUUGACAUUGAAUUUCAAAAGCUGGGAUUAACACUUCCAAAUGGGACUUCUAUCUUACAGAAUGUGUCUGGUAUCCUCCGUAGUGGUAGGACAUGUGCGAUAAUGGGGCCAUCUGGAUCUGGAAAGACCACGCUCAUUUCCAUGCUCACCUCAAAGAUCCCCAAGGAUGAAGGCCGUAUUCUCAUCAAUGGGCAAGAGGGAGAUCUGAGCUACUACCGCAAGCUAAUUGGAUUUGUUCCCCAAGAGGAUAUUAUGAUGCGCGAGUUAACUGUUCAUGAUGUACUCCUUUAUUCAGCUUAUAUGCGCCUUCCAUCAGAUCUCAAAAAAAAUGAAAUGACAGAAAAAGUACUCGAGAUUAUCGAUUUCUUAGGCUUGAAUUCGGUCAUGGACUCAGUCGUUGGCGAUGCAGAGCGUAGAGGUAUCUCUGGCGGGCAGCGCAAGCGUGUCAACAUCGGUAUGGAACUAGUCACAGAUCCUAGUAUCUUACUAUUGGACGAGCCAACAUCGGGACUCGAUUCCAGCACCAGCGGCGAUGUCUGCAAGUUGCUCAGGUCUGUUGCUCGCCGCAAAGGACUGACUGUGGCUGCAGUAAUUCAUUCACCAAGCCCUGUCGCAUUCAAUCAAUUCGACGAUUUACUACUCCUUGGACAAAAUGGUCGUGUUGUCUUUCAUGGGCCACGGACUGAAGCACCCGCCUACUUUGCCGCGAUCGGAUUUCCAGUUCCCGUAGACUCUAGUCCCUCUGAUUUUUAUAUGGAUGUUAUCUCAAACAAUAUUAAAUCCAAGCUCACAAAGAAAUUCAAGCCAUUCUACCUCUCAAGGUACUGGGAGUCCUAUAACAAGCGCGCCCAAAGCUUUUAUGCUGAUCCGGCUUUGGGGGUUGAGUACCGACACCCUUCUCACAAGCCUGGGUCGCCUCGCCUUUAUCCAAAAACCUCGGCUUUGCUGACAUACCCGAGCUUGAAUCAAUCUGCCAUUUCAGUCCAACAGAGCAAUGGUCAUGGAAUUAUUGAAUCACUAACACUCACCGACAUCGACAACAUGCCAUCCCCAGCAAUGCCAUAUUCUUCGGAUUCAGCUAAUCAUGGAUUCAUGUCAUCCGCCUCUUCAACCACUUUGUAUCCAUCAUCUCAAACUCAGCAGAAGCGCAACAGCCAGGUCAAAUCUGUGACUAUGUCUGAGGAUCCAGCUUACCAAAGGUCAGCCCCAUCUUCUCCACGGCCUUCUAUGGCGCUGAGUGACCUUACUUCAAUGUAUUCGACUCCCCCUCCACCUGAGCGCUUGACUUUCUGGGAAACGCUUCAGAGGUCCAUCCGCAUAUCCUACAUUGAAUCUAGGAUGUGGUGGAAGGGCGUUAUUGCCGAGACAGUCGAAACCGUACAGGGUAUCUUCCUACGACGAAAGGACCCUGUCCGCAACACUGCAAACCCCUUCAUGAUGUUUUGGUUGUGUCUGAACCGUGCACGGCUACAGAUCUACAGGAACCAGCGGCAAUUCCUUUAUGAUCAGUUGUUGCAUCUUGGAUGUGGCCUCUUUAUCUCGAUCGCAGCCUCUCGCUUCGACUAUCUAGGACGACAGCCCGACCUGGUCUGCGCCAUGACACCAUUCCAGCUCAAAAGUAACUGUGCCAACCCUACAGACCACUUGACUGAAGUUGGUGUUUUUAUUGCGCUCGGCGUCUGCUUCGCUGGCAUCUCAGUGGGCUCCAUGACGUUUGGCAACGAAAAGAUCGUUUACUGGCGAGAGAAGUCCUCGGGUCUGCUUACUUUACCUUACUACAUUGCCAAGGUUAUUGCAGACAUCCCUCGUAUUGUCCUUGCAGGCAUCAUGUUUUCGAUCUCGCUCAUUAUUUUCUUCAACCAAAGGUCCAAUUACUUUUACCUACUCUGCAUCAUUGUGAUGUUAUACGCUGUUGCAUUCGCGAUGGGCUACUUCCUCUCCGCUCUUGUGCCCCAAAACAGAGUCUCAUUAGUCGGUACAGGGUUCACUUUGGCAUGGGCUAUUGUCUUUUCUGGCGAUGCACCAGAUCUGGCGGAGGUCAUGAGCGACGAUGCAGCGGGCGGAUACAAAGCCACAUCUUGGAUAUGGGUCAUCUCAGCACCCCGAUAUGCUAUUGAAGCCAUUUAUCUCCGCGAGAUCCAGGCACGACCUUGGCAGGAGAUCAGGAACGAGCCUCUAUCACACACGUACCAACUUGAUCAGUUCUGGUGGUGUUUCCAGUCCAUGAUUGCAAUCCUGUUGGGAUGGCAUGUAUUGGCCUUUUUUAGCUUGAAGCUGAAGGAUCGUUCUAAGCAGAAGUAG